AUGACAACGAGUCUUCCAAAUAUUGAUAAUAUACAAGACACAUCAGCUUUUAAUGAGCGUGCCUUCGUACCUCAUGAAGCUUUGGCCAACAACGAUUUUCAAGUUUACAACGUUUGUUGUAAGGAAUUAACCUUAAAUGAAUUAUAUUUAUGUUCAAAAAAUGCUG